GACUAAGCAAUGAAGCAAAGGCAAAGCGCAUGUUGUUCCAUGUGUGAAACGUUGUUCAUACUUCAUAGACAUAGUUCUCUCCGAAAUUUCCACCGCAACGCUCCUCCACCAUCCUCUUCAUUUCUUCUUCUCCUUCCUUCCAUUUUCCUUGGUAUUAAAAGUUCCGUAGCAACACCUACCUGAAUUUCCAACUCAUUGUCGGAUCUUGCCUGCUUAGUUCUCUGGUUCUUAAGAAAGGGUCGCUGACUUCGUCGAAGAGCUCAAGUUCUUGACGACGGAAGUUUUCUUUUCCCCCCUUUUUGCAAGAGAACGAAUCGUCUAUAGAUCAUCGAGAAACAAUGGAGAAGGCAAUCAAUAGACAGAAAGUUCUGCUCGCUCAUCUGCAACCCAGCUCUCAAAGUCAAACCCGUGAAUCGCCCAUCCUAUCCGCUUCAACUUGCGGCGCUGGGGAUAGCGCGGCGUACCAGCGAGCUGCUGCGUUUGGGGAUGACGUCGUGAUUGUGGCAGCUUAUCGAACUGCCAUAUGCAAAUCCAAGCGUGGUGGGUUCAAGGAUACCCAUCCUGAUGAUUUACUUGCCCCUGUUCUGAAGGCAGUGAUAGACAAAACGAAUGUUGAUCCAAGUGAAGUAGGGGAUAUAGUGGUGGGUACAGUUCUUGCUCCCGGCUCCCAGAGGGCCAUUGAGUGCAGAAUGGCCGCUUUUUAUGCUGGUUUCCCUGGUAACUUUGCCGCGAUUCUUCAUCAUCUGCUUAUAAUUUUUCCUCAAAAUAAUAGAAUAUUUCUUGUUUGCGCCCCAAGGAUGAAUCUUCAUAUCUUCUGUUGGAAUUAUUCAUCUCGCUUUGUUAUUCCACCAGAUACCGUGCCUAUCAGAACAGUCAACCGGCAGUGCUCUUCUGGCCUGCAGGCAGUUGCUGAUGUUGCUGGUUCCAUCAAAGCUGGAUUUUAUGAUAUUGGCAUCGGAGCUGGUCUGGAGUGCAUGACAAUUGAUAACAUCAGAGGAGCUAAAAAAUAUAAUCCCAGGAUUGAGAGCUUUGUUCAAGCCCGAGAUUGUCUUCUUCCAAUGGGUCUCACUUCUGAGAAUGUAGCCCAGCGGUAUGGGGUGACAAGGCUAGAGCAGGACCAAGCUGCCGUUGACUCUCAUCAAAAGGCUGCUGCUGCAACAGUCGCUGGUAAAUUUAAAGAUGAGAUUAUCCCGGUUUCCACCAAGAUUCUGGACCCUAAAACUGGGAAGGAAAUGUCUGUGAUGAUCUCGGUGGAUGAUGGGAUUCGGCCAAACACAAACAUUGCAGACUUGUCCAAGCUGAAGCCUGCAUUCAAGAAGGAUGGGUCUACAACUGCAGGUAACGCUAGCCAAGUGAGUGAUGGUGCUGGAGCAGUCCUCCUUAUGAAAAGGAGUUUGGCUGUUCAGAAGGGACUUCCCAUUCUUGGUGUUUUCAGGAGUUUUGCUGCUGUGGGUGUGGACCCUGCUGUGAUGGGGAUAGGUCCUGCUGUUGCGAUUCCAGCUGCAGUGAAAGCAGCUGGACUGGAGCUUGCUGACAUCGACCUCUUCGAAAUUAAUGAGGCCUUUGCAUCUCAAUUUGUCUACUGUCGCAAGAAGCUAGAGCUCGAUCCAGAGAAAGUCAAUGUUAACGGCGGUGCAAUGGCUCUUGGGCACCCUUUGGGCGCCACAGGGGCUCGCUGUGUGGCCACUCUUUUGCAUGAGAUGAAGCGUCGAGGAAGGGACGCUCGUUUUGGAGUCAUCUCAAUGUGCAUAGGCUCAGGAAUGGGAGCUGCAGCUGUUCUCGAACGAGGAGACUGCGUAGACGAACUUAAUAAUGCACGAAGCGUUGGCAACUAGUGGCGCGCUCGUAUUUUGCCUUUUCGUUACGUUCCAAUUGUCAAAUCCACAACAUCAGCGACUUGCGUGUAAUGCAAGGAUGCUGUUUAGAGUGCUAAGUAGUAUAAGCUCUACUGUUAGUGGCCAUCUAAUGAUAGCUGCCAGUACUAAAGAGUAUUCACCGAAUAAAUUCGUCUGUUUGAGCUGGAUUUAGCAACGGUCCUCACCUUCGUUUUAUGAGACAUCUUUUUUUCUUUUGUGUGUGAAAUUUAUGAGACAUUUUCACAGCCUUCUA